UUGAAAGGAAGUUGAUGUGGACUUUCGCGCUGACUGUACGUAACUCGGACUCGCGUGGCGCAUUAGAUAUUCUGCUAUUUGUAGAUGUAUACCUAGCUAGCUAGUUAUUGACAGAGAAGAGCACACGUUCGGGGUUUGUUCCAUAGCUCGUAGUGUAUUAUAGCAUGUGGACACUGAACCCUUUAGAAUCCGGAGGUGUCACCCACUACCUCCUGCCAGGUAAGGAGUAUGUGGUGGGGCGUAAGAACUGUGAGGUCAUCCUGCCCAAUGACCAGUCCAUCAGCCGUGCUCAUGCUCACCUCACUGCUACAGAUCAGGCCCUGACCCUGAAGGACAGUUCUAAGUAUGGCACGUUUGUUAACGAGGAGCGUCUGUCAGGAGACACCCCUCGCAGCCUGACGGCAGGGGACAGAGUGACAUUUGGAGUCUUUCACAGCAAAUUCAGUGUGCAACAGGUAACUGUGGUGGUGUGCUCGUCCUGUGUUGAUAAUGAAGGGAAGGUCUCUCUGUCUCAGACCCUGCAGCUUCUGGGUGGCCGGCUGACCAACACCUGGACACAGGACUGCACUCACCUGGUCAUGCCCACUGUUAAAGUCACCAUCAAGACUAUCUGUGCGUUGCUGUGCUGUCGGCCCAUAGUCAAGCAGGAGUUUUUCACUGAGCUCACCAAAGCCCUGCAACAGAAACAACCACCUCCAAAAGCUGAGAGUUUCUUCCCAGAGAUAGAUGAGCCCAGUCUGAAUAAGGAUGAGGUGGACCUGACAGAGAGGCCAGAACGUAAAGAACUUUUCACUGGCAAGACCUUCCUCUUCCUCAAUGCCAAACAGCAAAAGCGUCUGAGUUUGGCAGUGAGUUGUGGAGGUGGGAGGAGCCAGCUCUUGGAGGAGGGGUCUGUCCCUGUGUCACUCCUGGAAUCACCAUUGAGCUGUGUGAUCGGCAUGACAACGGGAAACUCCCAAGCACUACUGCCCCCCUCCACUAAGAAGUGGGCAGACUCUGUGGGGAGGAUUCUACAGAGGAAAGGUCUUCGAUUCAUCACAGAGUCUGAGAUCGGAUUGGCUGCCAUCUAUGUCAGCUGUGACAAGUACUGCAAUCCCUCCAAUCAGAUGGCUGACUCAGAAUCCAUGAGAAUGAAACCCACCAUCCCUGGCGCCACGCUAUCCCAGAAUGCACCAGUGGACGAGACUGUAAUGCCAGCGGCGUCUCAGAACAUCACAGCCUAUGCUGUAAACACAGAGCCGUCACAGGGCAUCAGUGGGGUUGAUGUGGCUGGGGUGAGCGCAGUUGGAGAGACCCCUGAGAGGAACCAGAGCCGGACCACCUCUCAUAUUAACCGACCCAAACCCUCAGGCCGAGAGCUGGCCGGGACCUGCACAGUGGCAGAGACUAUGAUGUCAUCAUUCAGCGCCUCAGACAGCGCUGGUGGUGGCGGCUCGGACAGAAAAAAGGGAGAGCUACAACAUCCAGGUGGAGGGAAAGGUGAUGCUAUCACCAGAUUCCUGGCCACAGCCCCUCGGACCAACGGAGGAGUGCAGACGAUGUCCCCACAGAAGCGCUCCUCCCAGAAACAACAGGUCUCGCAGAAAGGUUCCCCCCAGAAACAGUCUGCCCUCACUAAUUUCUUCCAGCCUGUCGGCAAGAAAAGACCUCGGGAAGGCGAGGAGUCCCCUACUGUCCCAUCAGAGGCCAAGCUAUCCAGGAGGGAAGAAGACAAGGAGAAGACGAAGAGGACAGUACCACAGCACUCAGAGACCUCCAACCCCCCACACACCCCCACAGGCAGGUCCCAGGGCCAACACAGCUCAGGUGCACAUCUGUUUCCAGGUCAGACUGAGGCUCUGUCAGAGGGGUUCUCCAACCCUGCCCAGCAGGGGCUCCAAUCCAGGAAGAGGAAGGAGAUGGAGGAGGAGACUAAAGGGGGUGGGGCUUCAGAGAUAGAGAUGGACGAACUGGAGUCCAUCAUGUCUGAGGACAUGGACGAAUCGGAUGAGCCCAUGUCAGCCAGUCAAGGCCAGCGGUUGAAGCUGACGGAACAGAGUUCAACCAAUCAAGGCCAGAGGUCUCAACUGACAGACAAGAGCUCAACCAAUAAACAGCUCCUAGAGACAGUGGAACUUACCUCUGCCAGUAAGAAACAGCGGGUUUAUCCAGUGGAACCAAUUGCAGCCAAUCAUAGGUCAGGCUUGGAGUCAGAAGAGCGAUCGUCAGCCAGCAGACGACAGCGAGCGGAGCCUGUAGCUGAGGUCAAAGGCGAAGAGGUGUCUUUUAUUGAGUCAAAACCAGUUAAUGGUGUGACCCCUGGUCAUCUGGAAGAGCCAGAGACCGAUGCCAAACCUGUCAAACAGGAAGACUCAGGUUUAGGGGGUGAGAAUCUCCCCAGCAGACUUAUAGUGGUGGAGUUCAAAUCCCUCACCGUGGCAACACCGGCAAGACCUAAACCACGCCCCACGGAGACGCACGGCAAUGUCAACAGGAAAGACUUUAAACGUUUCUGCAAGGUCCCAGUUCCCGGUGCCCAGGGUUUGCCCAACAUCAUCGGAGGGUCAGACCUGUUGGCCCACAACCGAGGCAAGAACUCUGAGCUGGAGGAGUGGCUGAGAGACGCAGCAGAGGAUGAGCGUCAGAACAAGAAAGAGGAGACUUUGGGAGAUGACCUUUUCAGGUACAACCCCAAACCCACCAAGAAAAGAUGAGAGCACCUGGCUGCAACAUGUGAAGCCCUGCAGACAAAUGUUCAUCUUAAGACACAGGAAGGGAUGUCAACACCCCAGGGAAUGUUUUGCGCUUCUAGAAUUCUCAGUUUGAUAGAACUGCCAUCUCUGCUCCACUAAUAAUGUUCAUGAAUGGAUCUUGUCAAUAACAAAUGUUUAAACUGUUUUUGUCAGUGAUGUCUAACUUUCUAUGUACUGUACUCUAAUUAUAUACCUUGAUUUAGUCACUGAUGGUGAUCAAUGUAAACAAAUAAAUAGGUGUUAUGUUUUA